AUGACAAAGCUUCUCUGCAAUUUCGCUUUGAUUUCAUCCCUCUUUGUCAGCGUUCAUUCCUUUGCUCCUUAUCAUCACCGAACGAUCAACUUGCCCAAGAUCUCUAACGAAAUUCACUCAUCUAGCACUAUCAUGAGCGGUCUUCCCAGCCCGCACAACUUGGCCGGAAAGCUAAUUCCUACUUUGCCUGGAAUUCCCUCUAGCUCAAUCUCAUCUGUCGUUUCGAGCUAUCCAGGAGAUCUCGUGCUCAUCGCGUUCAUGGCCUGCUUGCCAUUGGUGCUCAACGAGAUUCUCAACGAUGUUGUUCCGAAAAAGUUUCGUUCGUUUACGAAUCAAUUUGAUGCAGCAGCUAGGAUUUCGGGGAUAUUGUAUGGAAUGUUCCUCUUCGAUGCCGUGUUUGCUCACGUUUUAGGUCGACAGGCGGUCGUGGGAAAGCAGAUUAGCUCCGUUUUGUUUCUUCUUGCGUGGUGGUUGCCUAGUCGACUCUCGAUCGUUCGUCUUGUGAAACCGAAGGUCGAAUGGAUGCAAAACGGAUCUGAAACGGAACGUGGCCUACUUAAUCGUCUGGGGGCGUUGGCGGUGUAUUUGGGUGCUACUGUGGUCGCUACAAAGUCGUUAAGCAUGAGCGUCUCGCAAGCUAUGGGAUACGCAGUCAUGCCAGCAUUGGUUGCUAUCCUCAAGUAA